AAACGCCUGCUGUUUGCAGUUGAGUCACUACACUUUGCUUCAUGAAACAUGGAUGUCAGCUGGCAGUUUCGCUGUGCUCUGUUCAACAUCGUUCUCAUUUCAGUCUCUACCAUUAAUGAGGGGCCAGGAUUUGAACCCAUUAAUCCUAAUAACGAGGAGGUCCAGAGCUCACUAGAUUUUGCAGUGGAAUCGUUCAACACAUUUUCAAAUGAUGACCAUCUCUUCAAAGUCACUCGGGUCGUGUCAGCACAAACACAGGAUGUUGGUGGAAUAUUGUAUAUUCUGGAUGUUGAGCUGGGAAAGACACAGUGCAGGAAGGGUGAUGAUGAAAAUUUGACAUCUUGCUCCAGAGUCGAGACAGCAGGAAGGUCUGAGAAUCUUCUCUGCCAUUUUGAAGUGUUGAAUGCUUUCUGGCGUUAUGAAAAAGACCUUCUGCGCAGCGACUGCAACCCAGUCACCAAAUAGGAGGUGAACAUUGUGUGUCCCUCGUCGCCUCGACUCAACUCCAGAAACUUUACUAAUUUCACAGCAGGCAAGGGGACUUGUGUGCGUUCCAAUAGCACAAUCCAGCUAACCUAUCAAACAGCUUCAAUCAAAUCUUUACAUUAAACAAUACAUAUGUCUACACACCA